CUCCUCCCUUGUUGAGCCAGCCAGAAACAAUGGAACGUUCGUUCAAUCAUUGACAAGCAGUCGUCCAGCAUCCUGCCCCACGCAGCACAUCCGGCGCCCAUUCACUCGAUCCUAAACGAAGGCGUCACUCGCCAUGCAAGCGAAGCAAACAAGGGCCACGGCACUAGAUAUCCCACAACACCACGUAUCUACUGAUUCUACUAGUACUCACCAUGGCUUGGACUGCGGACAAAGUCCCGCUCCCCGAACUCGUCGAGGCGCCAGAUGAAAUCGACCAAAAAGCGCACCAGCUCGCCGAGCUCACCGGGCAGAGCAAACACUUCAUCGUCUUUACUGGGGCCGGCGUGUCAACGUCAGCCGGCAUUCCCGACUUCCGAGGUCCCGACGGCGCAUGGACACUGCAAGCCCAGGGCAGGCAGCGGACCACUGCCGCCGUCAGCACCCUGCAGGCCAUCCCAACCGCCACGCACAUGGCUCUCGUUGAGCUUCAGAACCCGGGCUUGUUGAAGUACCUCGUCAGCCAGAACUGCGACGGGCUGCACCGGAGAAGUGGCAUCUUGCCGGACAAAAUCUCGGAGCUGCACGGCAACAACAACCGCGAGAUCUGCAAGGACUGCGGCAAGGAGUAUAUCCGCGACUUCCACGCCGAGUUGGCGCUCGCCUACGACCAUGCCAAGAAGGCCGAUCUCUGUCUUGUGCUGGGUUCCUCGCUGACCGUGUCGCCCGCGAACGACAUCCCAGAAGUCGUCGGCAAGCGGCGGCGACAGCGGGGCGGCGCCAAGCUGGCCAUUUGCAACCUGCAGGCUACCCCGCUGGAUGCCAUGGCCGACCUGCGGGUGCACGCGAAGACGGAUGAGUUGAUGGUGAAGGUGAUGCGCAAGUUGGGCAUGGGAAUCCCGGGGUUUGCCCUGCAGCGGCGGCUUUCUGUGCAUGUGGAGGCGGCCGGGGAGCGCAGGGCCGGGAUAGGUAAGGUCAUUGUGUCGGGUGUUGAUGUUGACGGGACGCCUGUUUCGUUCUUGAGGUCGGUGAAGUUGGUCAAUAAUCAGCAGGUGCUGAAGACGGAGCCGUUUGAGUUUGAUGUGCGGGGCCUUGGGGGUGGGCUGGAGCUGAAGAUGGAGCUUGAGUUCAUGGGUCAUUACGGCGAGCCGAAUCUGGAGGUGGUGCACCUUGUCCAGGAGGCUGAGAUUGGGAUUCCGGUGGUGUAUGUUUUGGAGUACAAUCCGUCUAACGGGGAGCGGAAAGCCGGACGGCAGUACACUACUCACAUGGUAGCUCACAGCCAUGAAUACAGGGGAGGUGUACCAUGUCUGGUCUAAUGGAUUUAGUGUUGGGGCCUGGGAACAGGUUAGGCUCCCCGGGAACCGAGACGAGAUUCACGAGAACUGGGAAUUUGUCCAUCUCAGAGUGUCAAAGUAUCAUUAUGAGACGGAAUUCAUCGUGGCAAGAAUUGAC